AUGGCUCUGCUACGUAGGCUGGCAGUGAACGCUCCACGCGGGAUUCGAGUGCUUUCUACAUCAUCCCAGGGUAAAGACGACCUAGAUCUAACAUUCAGCAACCCGAAAGACGCGUUCAAAAGUAAAAAGACCAGUGAACUGAUCCGGGCAUAUUUCGUCUACCAAAUAUGCUCCAUCAAUUGGAUCGUGGAGAACAACGACAUGGUAAGUAAAUCCACGAACAGCUGA